CUCCUUUUCCUCUCUUAUAUAUUUCCAAUUCUUCUCCUUCUCAGCUCCAUUAGUCUCACUCCAAACCGAACAGGUGCCAUUGCAAUCUCCUCUCUCUACAUCUUAUGGAGUUUAACCGAAAAGAUGUGGAUCGGAUCAAGGGUCCAUGGAGCCCCGAAGAGGAUGAGGCGUUACAACAGCUUGUUCAAAAGCAUGGCCCUAGAAACUGGUCCUUAAUCAGCAAGUCAAUCCCCGGACGAUCCGGCAAGUCUUGUCGCCUCCGUUGGUGUAAUCAGCUCUCGCCCCAAGUUGAGCACCGCGCCUUCACUCCCGAAGAAGACGAAACCAUAUUACGUGCUCAUGCUCGCUUUGGCAACAAGUGGGCGACAAUCGCGCGGCUACUCAACGGCCGUACUGACAACGCCAUCAAGAACCACUGGAACUCGACUUUGAAACGGAAGUGUUCAGCUUCAAUGGCUGAGGAUGGUAAUUUUGGUAGUUUUAUUAACGGGUACGACGGGGCUUUCGGUGAUAAUAUUCAAAAUCAGCCGUUGAAAAGAUCGGUGAGUGCAGGAUCAGGUGUGCCGUUGACUACGGGGCUUUACAUGAACCCGAGUAGUCCAUCUGGAUCUGACGUAAGCGAUUCUAGCGUACACGUGUUGUCAUCGGGUCAUAAUAUUUUUAAACCCCUAGGGAGACCUGAAACGACGUCGUCGACCAACGAUCCGCCAACUUCACUGAGUCUGUCACUUCCGGGGGCGGAUUCAAGUGAAGUUACGAACCAAAAAGCGGUGGAGUCAAGUAAGGUUGUAAAUACAAAGGGUUUGUUUGCAGAAAGUGGGUCGAAGGGCGUUGGUUUUGUGGGGUUCAGUAAAGAGUUUAUGGGGGUGAUGCAGGAAAUGAUAAGACAGGAGGUGAGGAAUUACAUGGCUUCCAUUGAAGAGCAGAGAGGUGGAGUAUGUUAUCAGGGUCGUGGUGGAAGCGGCGACGGUUUGUUUAGAAAUGUUGCGAUGCAGAGAAUCUGAGAUUACUAAAUGUGUGAGAGAAAACUGGGAUUUGCGUUUUCUCUUUUCUUUAGGAGAAUAAUUGUAGUUAAUGUACAGAGAGAGGGAGAGGUGGGUAAUGGAUAUCUAAGUAAUAGUGUUUAGAUUGAGAGGAA